AUGGGUGAUUAUCUAGUUGUUGGAGUUCAUUCUGACGCUGAGAUUGAAAAACACAAAGGACCAACUGUCAUGAGAGAGGACGAAAGAUAUGCGGCAGUUGCUGCUUGCAAAUGGGUUGACCAUGUUGUUCCAAACGCACCAUACUUUACAAGCCUCGAAGUAAUGGAUAGUUAUUCUUGCGACUUUUGUGUGCACGGUGAUGAUAUCACCACGCUCUGUGAUGGGACAGAUUGUUACCAAGCUGUAAAAGACGCUGGUCGUUACCGCGAAUGUAAACGUACACAGGGCAUUUCCACUACAGAACUUGUAGGGCGUAUGUUACUUAUGACGCGUGACCAUCACAAACGUAAAUCUUCUAUUGCGUCUGUCAAUAAUGAAGAUUUGAGCACCUUCAGUAGUAGUGCAUCUAAGCAAAGUCCCGAGACGAAAAUUUCACAUUUUUUGCCGACAUCGAAAAGGAUAGUACAGUUUUCUGAAGGUAAAGAACCGAACUCCGGAGACAAAGUUAUUUAUGUUGACGGUACCUUUGAUCUGUUCCACGUCGGACAUAUCGAAUUUUUAAAGAGAGCAAAGGCUCUAGGUGAUUAUCUCUUAGUCGGCGUUCAUGACGAUCAGACCGUUAAUGCUAUCAAAGGAUCAAACUAUCCAUUAAUGAACCUUCAUGAACGCGUAUUAAGUGUUCUAGCAUGUCGUUACGUUGAUGAGGUAAUAAUCGGUGCUCCAUACAGUGUUGAUGAUGAUGUAUUAUCCCAGGUUUACAGAGUAGACAUUGUUGCUCACGGAAACACUCCUUCAUUACCUGACAUUAAUAACAAAGAUCCAUAUGAGGUUCCUAAAAAAAAAGGAAUUUAUGUUGAAAUAGAAAACCCCUCCGCGGAACUGACUACUGCUGGCAUCAUUGAUAGGAUAAUUGAACAUCGUCUCAGGUUUGGAAUAAUGCAUGCUAGGAAAAAUGAAAAAGCCAAAUUGGAAGAAGAGAAAUUGAAAGGAGAUAAACUGAAUCAAAAUUUGACUUAA